AUGAAGGAAGUGAAUGACAUGCUACUAAAAUAUGUUAUUGGUAUACUUCUGGUCGUUUUUUUCGGAUUGUGGAUAUUGAGUAUAUGCUUUAGGGGUGAAACAAAAAAGCAAACUCAUAAGAAGAAUAUCCGCAAACAACCAACAAGAAGUGCAUCAUUAACGAAAGAAAACCUCGCUUCAUCGAAUAGUAAGGACGCUGUUGUGACAAGAAGAGCCACAAGGUCAUCCACCAAACAAAAAACUCCAAGUAGGAAGGUAACUUCUGAAGUUACACCUGAUAAGGAGAAGAAGUCAAGGAAAACUAGUCAUAACACAGAACCAACUAGAAGGACUACCAGGAAUAGCUCAAAAGUUGCAAAUGCAAAACCAACAGAAGCAUCAACAGGUACGGCUAGUAAGAAAAGAGUUACAAGGUCAUCUUCAAAAAGGUCAUGA